AUGGAUCUGUUGUCGCCUGUGUGUGGACGUGUGAUGGCGGCGGUGUGCUUGGACACCGUCAUAGCCGACCUGUUGGUGUCCGAGUCACGGAACGCCACAGCCACCAGGUCAGAGGGCGUCUCCCUGGCAACGGGGUUCCUCCUCCUGCUCCUCUGUCUGCUGCUGGCUGCCUGGCGUCACACCGACAACAACUCUGUCCCAGGUCCUUUUUUCUGUCUGGGUGUCGGUCCUCUCCUCUCAUACCUCAGGUUUAUAUGGACAGGUAUUGGCACAGCCAGUAACUAUUACAACAGUAAAUAUGGAGACAUCGUCAGGGUCUGGAUCAACGGAGAGGAGACACUCAUACUCAGCAGUUCCUCUGCAGUGCAUCAUGUUCUGAGACAGGGGCGUUACACCUCUCGGUUCGGCAGUAAACAAGGUCUGAGCUGUAUUGGCAUGGAUGAGAGAGGCAUCAUCUUCAACAGCAACAUGGCUCUAUGGAAGAAGACCCGCACCUACUUCGCUAAAGCUCUGACAGGGCCUGGGCUGCAGAGGACAGUAGACGUGUGUGUCUCGUCCACCCAGACACACCUGGACGCUCUCCAGGGGCUGGACGGACUGAUGGGUGGACAGGUGGACGUCCUGAGUCUACUACGGUGUACAGUAGUGGACAUCUCUAACAGACUGUUCCUAGGGGUUCCUCUCAACGAGAAGGAGCUGCUGCAGAAGAUUCAGAAGUACUUUGACACGUGGCAGACGGUGCUGAUCAAACCAGAUAUCUACUUCAAGUUGGACUGGAUCCAGCAGAAACACAGGAGAGCAGCUCAGGAGCUGCAGGAUGCUAUAGAGAGUCUGGUCGACCAGAAGAGAAGAGGUCUACAGGAAGCUGACAAACUGGACCACAUCAACUUCACUGCAGACCUCAUCUUUGCACAGAGCCACGGGGAGCUGUCAGCUGAGAAUGUGAGGCAGUGUGUAUUGGAGAUGGUGAUAGCAGCUCCAGACACUCUGUCCAUCAGUCUGUUCUUCAUGCUGCUGCUGCUCAAGCAGAACCCUGACGUAGAACUACAGCUCCUAGAAGAGAUAGACACUGCUAUAGGUGAUAGGGAGCUCCACAACUCUGACCUGCAGAACCUAAGGGUCCUGGAGAGCUUCAUCAAUGAGUCCUUAAGGCUCCAUCCCGUGGUGGACUUUACCAUGCGCCGGGCACUGUCUGAUGAUGUCAUCAGUGGCUACCGGGUGCCGAAGGGGACAAACAUCAUUCUGAACAUGGGCCGCAUGCACAGAUCAGAGUUCUUCCUCAAGCCCAAUGAGUUCAGUCUGGACAACUUUGAGAAAAAUAUACCUAAUCGUUUCUUCCAGCCUUUCGGGUCCGGUCCUCGAUCCUGCGUUGGCAAGCACAUCGCCAUGGUGAUGAUGAAAUCCAUCCUGGUUACGCUGUUGUCACGGUACUCUGUGUGUCCUCAUGAGGGCCUGACCCUAGACUGCCUCCCACAGACAAACAACCUAUCACAGCAGCCCGUGGAGGAGGAGGGGGAGCCUCACACCAUGAAGUUCCUCCCACGACACCAAGCCAGGAAGCAGUCUUAG